AUGAGCCGGCACAGCAAGAACGCCACGGCCACGACGCACUUCACGUACCGCGAGCGGGAGGCAGCUGACCACGGAACGCUCAAGCGACGCUACGGCCGUGACUCUCAGCUUCCGUUUGGCAUGUGCUGUCUCUGCUUGGCGUCCACACGCAGCCGCAAUCCCCUCGUGUCGCCUGCUGGGUUCGUCUACUGUAAAGAGUGCAUUUACGCUAAUCUGUUAGCGCAAAAGCGCGCGAUUCAGGAUAACGCGACAGCAUACGAGCGCUACGUCGCGUCCCAAGCACGGAAAAUACAGGAUACUGAACAGGACACCGAGCGCAAACUCGUGACAAACGCACUGGAGAGCACGCAAGGUGUAGUCGCUAUCCUGCAAACACAGGAUAAGAAGCUCGUCGCGUAUCAGAAGCUGCAGGAACAAGUGGAUCGAGCCACCGACGAGGACAAGCGCCAAGCAAUGAGGAAAACAAGUUUCUGGAUCCCGGACUGUACGCCUAGUGAAGAACGCCGGGUCGCCGAGCCCGACACAGCCCCUCGCGACCCCAUGAAUCCCGACCAAUUUCUAAAACUCAAGCACUUGAUGCCGGUGAAAUUCGCGUGGAUUUCUAACCGUCUACACGGUGACCAAAACGUGCACCAUGUGGUGUGUGCCGUGACAAAAACGGAGAUUAAUCAUCACCAGGCCGUGCUGCUGCGACCGUCUGGUCAAGUGAUCCUCGAACGGUGUUUAAACGAGAUGGUCAAGCCGACCAUGACGUGUCCUGUCACCGGACUCAAGCUCCGCCAAAAGGACAUUGUGCACUUGCAAGCUGGAGGCACGGGCUUUAGUGCCCAUAGCACUGUUGAAGCGAAAAAGUAUCGACCGAGCAUGACGUAG